AUGUUUCUAAACAUUAAGCCGCUCUUGUCAACGGAAGACGAAAUAAAGAAGGCUGCUUCUUUCCCUGACGACAAUGUUCCGGGCCGUGCAGCUGCACCGCUGAAAACACCUCCCUCUUUUGCCAACACCGGUGUUCAUGCAUGUACGUGUGGAAGGCGUCUGCUCACCCCUCAAACCGCCAGCCACAACAUUCGUUACGCCUUCCUUCUUCCGCUCGUCUUAUUUCCUCGCAGGCUCAAACCCUUUACUCCGUGGCACCGCCAACGACCCACACCCAUUCCUUUCCAAAUGUCUGCCUCACGGUUUCCUCAUUCAUGCCCUUGCUUUCCCUCACAACAGAACCCGCUUCCGUCAACCAUCAAUCAGCAACGCAACGGUUCCUUCAAUGAGCAAAAUUCCUUUUUUUUUGGAAUUUUCUUGUUAGAGCUCGCACAGUGCCGCCACGGUGAAGGCUCUUAA